AUGUGCAGUAAGAAGGAGAUAGAGUUCCUGGUACUAAAGCAGGGAAAUAUGAAUGUUGUUGAGUCUGCUGCUAAGUUUGAAGAACUGGUGAAUUUUUGUCCAUGCUAUAAUGGUGCGGCUGCUGAGUGGUCAAAGUGUAUCAAGUUUGAAAGUGAAUUGCGUCCUGAGAUCAAGCAAGGUAUUGGUUAUCAGGAUAUUUUCCAAUUUCAUAUGUUGAUGAAUAAGUGUAAGAUAUACGAUGAGGAUAACAGGGAUCGUUCUACUAACUAUAAGAGUCUUAGUGAUAAGAAAGGUAAGAGUGAACAUCAUGGGAAAACAUAUAGUGUUCCAGCUGACAAAGGGAAGCAGAGAAAUUCAUAUGAGAAUAAUUUAAGUGGGGGAGAGGCUUCCGCUUCAGUCAAGUGUUUCAAGUGUGGCGAGUUGGGCCACCAUGCUAAUGAAUGCAAGAAUAACUUUCUAAGGUUAUUAAAAUUUAGGAGGACAAGUCAUCGUAUUGCAAAUUGCAAGAGUGUUGGGUCGACUUGUUAUAACUACGGCGAACAGGGUCACAUGAGUAUUAAUUUCCAGAAGCCAAAGAAAGUUCAGUCGGGAGGGAAAUUUUUUGCUUUGAUUGGGUUAGGUUUGAAGUUGGCUUCUAUGGUUGGGAUUAUGAUUGUUGAUACCCCAGCUCUGGGUCCGGUAACCAUUUUCCGGCAAGUUGACGAGUUUUUGAAGGAGGAGACUGAGGUGUUUAUGAUAUUAGCUUCUAUGAAUGUUGAAGGUAAAUCUUUGAUUAAUGAAUUACUAGUGGUGUGCGGUUUUUCAAAAGUGUUUCCAUAUGAUAUCAGUGAUUUAUCGCCAGAGUGUGAAGUGAAUUUUGCUAUAGACUUAGUACCUGGUACUAUUCUAGUAUCUAUGGAUCCUUAUAGAAUGUCUGCUUCAAAGUUAAGUGAACUGAAGAAGCAAUUGGAAGAGUUGCUUGAGAAGAAGUUUGUUCAACCGAGUGUUUCGCCAUAA